UAUAUGUCAUCAAAGGAAGUUUAUUAUGUAAACGAUUCUUUUUAAAAUUACACAUCGAGUAAGACAAUAAGCAGGAAAUGAGUAAUUCUAUUCAAAUAAAUCUGACUGAAACCUUUUAGAAAUGAAGACGGAAAACAUGCAGUGUGAUUCAAAGACUGACCAACUACCUUACGAUGAACCUGGACUUGGAAGUCUGUCACAGCCAUCUGACUGCCAACCGGUUCAAGAACAUCAGCUGGGCGGGUACUCGUACCCCCCUGGGUACCAGUUUGUUCCAAUUGGCAGUUUGUACAAUCAACAAAGCAACAUUCCUUUGCGGAUUCCAAAUAAGCAACAAACGGGAAUCCCCAUCAAGGGUACUUCUCAAGUGAUUGUAACUCAGCCAGGACAGAUAAUACGUGUUGUUGUUAGGCCAGCUGACUACCGAUGUCUAUCACUGGUGGCAUGCUUGUGUUGUUUUUGGCCGACAGGACUUGUUGCUAUUUAUUUUGCCAGCAUGGCAAACUCUAUGGCGGAUAAUGGGCAGAUGAAAGAUGCCAAGAUAAUGUCGAACUGCUCAGGGAUCUUCAUGAUUGUUAGUGUAGUCCUUGGCUUAAUUGUAUUCUUCUGUAUCAUGUACAGAUAUGGCAUGUUAUGGACCAAUGGGAAUUAGCCAUCCUGUGGUUGAAGAAAAACAUUGUCUGUAAACAGAUUUGAUAUCUGAGCGAUACAAACGUUUCACGUGUAUAAUUAGAUAACGCGUAGAAAGUGUGUAUGAUAUUUUUUUUGAAUAUUGAAAAAGUCUGAUAAUCAAAGUAUCUACACGUGUAAAUGUUUUAGUGUAAUUUUGAGUGCAGUUUCCUCAUUUGACAUUUUUAACACUUUCCCCUUUAAAAGCGCUUUGCCAAUGACUUUUCAUGUUCUUUUUUUAUUUCUUUAUCACUUACCUCGUAUAAACACAACUCUUACCCUUCAUAGUGUUAAUUUUUAAUUAAAUUCAAGAGAUUUGAAGUAAAUUAAAUUGUUUCCUAAAUUACGUAUAUUCUAACUUGCAAAUAUUGUGAGAAGAACACUAACAGUUUUCUAAAUACUUAUUACAUUGAUGAUAUAUUGCCACAUUACAACUGGAAAUAAAUUAAUAUAAGCUUUUAGUAAGUUUUUUUUUCCAUAUUAUACGGGAGGUGUUCAACUUAUAUUUCUAUACUUUACAAACAUAGGUAUACAAAGGCCAACAUUCUAUUUAUAUCCUCCGAUGCUUAUGUGUUUUUGCUGUUGCUGUUACUAUAUAAUUUUUUUUUUCGAAUAAUAAAAGUUUGUGCGUUUUGUACAAUUAGCGAUACCAUCAGGCAUACUUUUUCAUAACCAAUAUGGGUGAUGCGACCAAGGCAUUUAGUGGAUAGCGACUAUAGUCAGCGAUUGUUGUUUACAGUUUAAAACACACCUGUAUAAUCAGUUUGACAAAAGCGUUGCUGUCCUCAAAAUUGAACUAAACUAAUGUCAUUUUUAACACGCAGAUCUUAAUCAAAGUACGUGAAUAACUUUUAGGAUACAAACAAUCUCGUAACUUAUGAAGUUUUGCUUAAAGGAUAUAUAAGACUGUAGCGUAUCAUUCUAGCAUCAUUUAAUUCUCACUAUCCAGCUGCCUACAAUAUUAUAUGAAUAAUAAUACGUUAUCUGAUUCUUUAACUCUUUCGCGCUGGGAUUGCGCGUCACUUUACAUAAACCGCUUCCCCCUCCCACAAACUACAUGAAUUGCAAAAAAUGAAAUUCAGGAAAAGGCAAUACUCGUUUAUGAUUUGAUCUUUUAUGUAAUGCAUUUCAAAUUUUGAUGGUAAACACACGAGCAAAAUAUUUAAGUAAUUAUUCACCGGAAGAUAGGAUUUCAAAAUGGACAUUGGACAGCAAAAUUGUAAUAAACUUUAUAUUACUUGAAUUACUUUUCACUGUUGUAUUGCUUCAACUUCCUUUUUACUGUUGCAAGAAAACAACAAGUCGAAAGAUUUCCUGCGGCCAGAAGUUAUACCAGGCUAAAAAGUAACUUAUGAGUGAAUAUCGUACUUGUUUUUUUAUCAUACCAUUACGCUUUACAUAGGAAAAAUAACUCCAUUCUACAUGUUGUACAAGUAGACCUAUGAAAUAUAUAUUUCUUAAUUCUGAAAGUUAUUGUUCUGAGCAAAAAUAACUAUAUUUCCCUUUCAUGUAUGGCUAACUUUUAGCUCUACAGGCCACAUUCCUUGACUAUUGAAAUACUUUACUAGAACUAUUACAAAUGUGAUUCAUGCCUUCACUUGGACUUAAUUGACAUAUAGAGCAAAAAAAAAAAAAAAAAAAAAAAAAAAAAAAAAAAAAAAAAAAAAAAAAAAAAAAAACAA